AAAAGAAAAAUAGAAAAAAGAAAAAGAAAAAGAAAAAGGAAUGAAAAUCAGAGAGAAACUGAAGACAGAGUAUCCAAAAUUCCAAUCAUUUUCUGGCUUUCCAAACAUUAAAUUUAAUUAAGAUACUUACAGCGAAGGGCAACUGAGGUAAACUCAACAGUGUACGGCUUUAAGUGAACGCCUCUCUCUCUCUCUCUCUCUCUCUCUCUCUCUAGCUAAGCCCUGCCUUCUUUAACAGCCAAAAAUUGAAAAAGAAAAUGUUCAACGUCUGAUAACUAUGAAUUGUAACUGUCACUAACGAGGUAGAUCUGACUUCUAUUAACGAUCUCUUUCUCUGUUUUGUGGAAUGCUCAUUUACUUGUAGAUCUUUAAACUUUAAUGCGGCUUCAAAGUUGGAGACUUUUGAAGCUGAAUUCGAAGUUUUAGUAAUAAGUGAUACAGCACCUUGUAAAUUGAAUCAGCUAUGGUGUUCUGGGAAGUUUAUGCAAGUGAUGAAGCAAUGGGCACUUUUGCCCCAAUUGUGGUUUAUUGGUUGUAUGCUGGGUUUUAUCAGAUGUUGCCCCCAAUGGAUAAAUACCGGUUGCACACUAGAAAAGAGGAGGAAGAGAAGAACUUGGUACCACUUGCAAAGGUCGUCAAGGGUGUUUUGCUUCAACAGCUAGUUCAGGCUGUAGUUGCUCAUGCUCUCUUUUGGUUGACCUCAACAGCAGAUGCAUCUGGGAUAACAAUCCAGCCUUCCGUUCCCAUUCAAAUUGUGCAGAUUAUAAUUGCUAUGUUCGUCAUGGACACAUGGCAGUAUUUUGUGCACCGGUAUAUGCAUCAAAACAAAUUCCUAUACCGCCACAUCCACUCUCAACAUCAUAGGCUAGUUGUCCCUUAUGCAAUUGGGGCCCUCUAUAAUCACCCACUGGAGGGUCUCUUGCUUGAUACAGUAGGUGGGGCCAUCUCUUUCCUGGUAUCAGGAAUGACUGCACGUACAGGAGUGAUUUUCUUCUGCUUUGCUGUGGUUAAAACUGUGGAUGAUCAUUGUGGACUUUGGUUGCCUGGCAAUCUCUUUCACAUUUUUUUCCAAAACAAUACUGCUUAUCAUGAUAUCCAUCAUCAACUCCAAGGCACAAAGUACAACUAUUCUCAGCCAUUCUUCUCAAUAUGGGAUAAACUUCUUGGAACCCAUAUGCCGUACGAUCUAGUAAAGCGAGCAGAAGGCGGUUUUGAGGCAAGGCUGGUGAAAGAUUAAUUCAAAUAUGAUGACUUGCUAUGUCAUUUCAUGUUAUUACUUUAACAGAGGAUUUUUUCUUUUCCUUUUCUUGUUGGGCAGUUGAAUUAGAGUUGGUUGUUGACGCAUUAUGUCUUAGGCUUUUAGCAGGAUAGCUCUUUUGGGUGUUCAUCCCUUUUCUCUUGUUGAUUGACAGUGCAUUUGUUUAGUUGGUAAUUCUACCAACCUACCCAAUGGAUUGUAAUUGUGAUGUUCUGUAUGUAGCAACAAAUACACAAGUACUUUAAAUUUAAAUGCCUAUAAAUUUUAAAUUAUUAAUAGUA